AUGGUCUUAUUCUUCGGCCUCCCAACACGCGGCAGAGGAGGGCCCAGAGGCGACUUCGCACCUAAACAAUCAACGCUCCUCGACACAUCAUUCCGGCCAUCAAGAGUCUUUAUCGCAGGCUACCGCGACCUCACCCGGGAAGAAUUCGCAGCGCACUACCACGACCGGAUAAAGAAAGCCAUCGAAAACGGGUCCAGCUUCAUUCUCUCAGACGAACCAGGCACUUGCUCAAUGGCCUUCGAAUAUCUGAAAUCCAAAAAGGAUGUCCCGAGAGAUGACAUUACCAUCUACCGCAGCACUGCCGACGGCGACGAAGGUGUGAAGGGUCUGCCUUCGUCCAAGGCGGGUAAGUGUCGAGUUGUCACUGUUCCUGGGGGUGAGGCGGAAAGGCUUGUUGCGAUGAGUGAGGCGAGUGAUGCGGAGAUUGUAUGGUUGUAUGGGGGCGAUACGUUGGGGGAUUAUGGGUGUUCAAGCGCGGGAGAUAUUCUCGAUAUGUGGUUCAGAGGGCCAAAGGAGGUGGUGAGGUUGGGGUUGGCGAAGAGCGUUGGUGGGCAGGAGACGUUGAACUUGUAG